GACAAAUAAUCGAGCAUUAACAGAACCCUGGAUCGUUUGCUGGUUCGGUGUUCCGUUGUGCACUGCGCUCGACACUGCACGUGUGCAUGCGAGAAUUGUGUUUGGAUGCUCCGUGAAGCAAAGUCCAAGAAUUUAUCCGCUGCAAAAUGCGAACGGGAAGUAGUAGCGGUGGCACUUCGCCAAAGCGAAGAACGCAUCAUCAUCACGUAAGCAACGGAGAACACCAUCACCAAGGCUACGGAUCGAAGCAGCAGACGACGGCAGGCGGCAACCAUCAAUCAUCGAACACCGAGAGCACGGCCGAGUUGCCGCCCUCGAGUGGUUCUUUCUUUCACAUAUCAAUCGUCAAACUUGCCAUCGUCAGUCGUCUGCUGGUGAUAGUGCUGCAGAUUGCCGCCAACCAGUUGCUCCCGGAUCAUGACGCGGGUGUCUUCGUGGCCCCACGGGACACCGAGCAACCGGAACGUCCGUUGGACAAACUGGUGCGGUUCGCGUUCGGUGGACUCGAACGCUGGGAUGCUCAAUACUUUCUGCACAUAGCCGAACACGGCUACACGUACGAGAACACGCUCGCCUUCUUUCCGCUGUUUCCGUUUAUCCUGAAGAUAAUUGGUAGUGCACUGAGCAGUACCGAUCUUGCCACGUUGAUCGGCUUCCGGGAGCUGUCGCUACUACUGGCGGUGCUACUGAACAUGGUUUGCUUUACCGGUGCCGCCUGUGCCCUGUACAAACUCAGCAAGCUGGUUCUGGGCAGCAAGAAAAAGGCGGAAGUGGCCGUGCUACUAUUUUGCUUCAAUCCGGCAUCGAUCUUCUUCACGGCACCGUACUCCGAGAGUCUGUACGCUUGUCUUUCCUUCAUCGUGAUGCAUCAGUGCGUGGAGGACGUGAACCUAAUCUUCAUCGCGAUGCCACUCAGCCUGUCGCUCCUGUGUCGCUCGAACGGCAUGAUGAACAUCGGAUUCGUGCUUUAUUUUGUCGCACGCCGUAUCGUGGCCCAGUACAACUUCCACAACGUCAUCUGUAUCUGUUCGCGGCUGUUCAGUGUGCUAAUGAUUGUCCUCUUUCACUACGGCAUCGCACAGGUGUACAAUUACUAUCUGUUUUGCUUCGAGCAAAAGUUUAAUUUCCCACAACACGUGCGAACGUACGCCACCGACCAUGGGCUGGUACUGGCCGGCAAUAAAACGAACGAUUCGUCACCCUGGUGCACCAGCGCCGUGCCACUGUCGUAUUCGUACGUACAGAGCCACUACUGGAACGUGGGUCUGUUGCGUUACUACGAGCUGAAGCAAUUGCCAAACUUUCUGCUAGCGCUUCCGGCCAUCUACCUGACGCUGAGCAACUCGUAUCGGUACCUGCACGAGCACUGGGAUUACGCCGCCCGGCUGGGGUUAUUCCGGUUACCGAAGCGGCACCAGAAAGUGAUGCGUCCUUACGAUCGAUUGGCACUGGUUUUCGUUAUCCACGCCGUGGCUUUGACCAUCUUUUCAUUGCUUUUCGUGCACGUACAAGUCACCACUCGUCUACUGUGCUCGUCCAGUCCCGUCCUGUACUGGUACGCGGCCGAAUAUUUUACCGGCGAGCGAGCCUUCAUCAAGCGGCAGGUGAUACGGAAGCUCUCCAAGCAGGUGAAGGACGGUGACGAAAACAGCUGCACGCAUGUACAAAAUCACGUCGAUUUGAGCGAUCUACUCGAUCUUCGCUGCAUGAACCCGGUCCAGCACGCCAUACUGCUGUACUUUGUCGGUUAUACCGUGAUCGGAACGGUGCUGUUCAGCAACUUCUAUCCCUGGACCUAGUCGAUCGGUUUGCUCUUUCAAAUG